ACCAAUGCCGUCAUUUGGAGUUCGGGCCUGAAAAAGCUUUUAACGGGAAACGUCUAAAAAACCACGUGAUCCGCGCCGUCGAAGUUAUGGUCAAGGAGUUCUGCGAAACAGUGUGUUAUAUGGAACCGGACUGUGUCAGUAUCAAUCUUGAGAAAGGAGUGGAUGGUAAUAGGAAAUACAAAUGUGAAUUGAAUAAUGUCACACACGAAGGACACGAAGGCGAUUUGAUUGAGGAGGAAAACUACUUCUAUCACGCGGCUGAGAGUGCUUGCGUCGAGAAUCCUUGCAAGAAUAACGCCAUUUGUCAAAGCGGUUUUACCAACAAAGGUUACCGCUGCUUGUGUACAGCUGGAUUCAGGGGCCAAACUUGUGAUGAAGAUAUCGACGAGUGUACUGAGGCUGAACACAACUGCAAGCCCACCCAUCAGUGCGAAAAUAGCGAGGGAACUUACAACUGCAUUUGUCCACCUGGAUAUUAUGGAGAGAAUUGCGAUACUUCGGCUUCGAGUUGUAAAGAGGCUUAUGAAAAGGACAUAACUAAAGAAAGUGGUCAAAUUACGUUGCUCCUUGAAUCUAAACCAGUACUCAUUUUCUGUCACAUGGAAAAUUUUGGAUGUGGCGAUGGAGGAUGGACGUUGAUCAUGAAGAUUAAUGGAACGAAGAACACCUUUCACUUUGACUCACACUACUGGACUGAUAAGAAGGAAUACAGCCCUUCUGGCGGACAGACCGCGUUUGACGAGCAGGAGACUAAGUUAUCGACUUAUUGGAACACGCCCUUUUCUAAGAUCUGUCUCGGUAUGAAGAUCGACCAACAGCCCAGAUUUAUCGUCAUCAACAAACAGGUCGACUCUUUAUACUCGCUGAUUGCGGACGGAAUACAUCGAAACACAUCACUGGGUCGUGAGAGAUGGAAGGCGUUGUUUGGUUCGAAGGGUUCCCUACAACGCCAUUGUGACAGGGAAGGCUUAAAUGCUGUCUCUGAUAGAGGUGGUCAUUCUAGAGCUAGAAUUGGAAUACUUGGUAACAAUGAAAAUGAGUGCGAAACUUGUGAUUCCAGAAUUGGGUUUGGUACUGGGGGAUAUCCUGAUAACUCUAUAACAUGUGGAAAUGCAGCCUCAUGGUUGUCUGGGUCGGCUGAUAAGGUAAAUUAUAUCCCAACAAUGGGGUACAUCUUAGUGCAGUAA